AUGGUUCAAUGGAAAACUGUUCGAUCUUUGUUUGCCAUCAGAGUAGUCCAUGAUUGCAUCCUUUUUGAGCGCAUAUAUGCUAUAAUAAAACUAUAUAUAUAUUUAAUAUGCACAUGCAUAUUGUAUUUGUUUAAUAGCACAGGCCAACGAGUUCCAUUCACUGCGCGUGGGUGCGGCGAUGAGGAAGUUCAAUAUAUCCGGAUCCCUGUGAAGUUCAAGGAUGCAAAUGGCAAAAAUGUUGUGCAUGUUGACAGCUGGCCCAUCAUUGACGUGCAUUCUAUUAUGGCCUUUGCUUUCGAAGAAGCUGGGAUUGAGAUCCCUACAUCUUGUAUUCAUGAGUAUUGGCGUCGUUCUUGCGAGUAUGGGGAGCCCUUUGCGCAGGAUACGUCCAACCACCACCGAGUGCCAAUCGGCCUGUAUGGUGAUUCAGCCAAAGUGCGCACGACAUUUGGCUCUGAGAAUGUCAUAGCCCUGUUUGCAAACCUGGUGCUCUGGAGACCGAAGUCUGUUAGGUGGAGCCGAUUUCUUCUUUGCUGCAUUCCUGAGGAAAGAUGUACAAGCCAAACCCUUCCUACAAUCUUGAAAAGGAUUGUUUGGUCUGCAAACCAUGCAUGGCAUGGGAGAUGGCCAGGACAAGACCUACAUGGAAGAAACCUUGGAGGCAAGGCGGCCAGACUGGCUGGGAAACCUUUGACCAGUCAGUUUCACACCUUCCAAGUUGUGGAGCUGCGUGGAGACUGGGCGUGGCAUAAGAAGGUGAUGAAAUUUUGGCGGUGCAAUUGGAAUUCACUGGAAGACACAUGUCCUUUUUGCCCGGCCAAAAUCCAGAGUGAUGACUGGAAUGAUUUGUACUGGAAUCCUGACAGCACUUUGGAAGACUUCACCUUGGCCGGAUUUCUGGCAAAGAGAAUGCCACCUCGUGGAAUAAGCCCUCUAGUUGGCUUGAAGGGCUUCCACCCUUCCAUCAUUCGAUGGUGUCUGAUGCAUGCCCUGCAUCUUGGGCUGCUAUACACGGCAAAUGGUGGGACAAUGAAUCUCUUGGUCAAAUGUUGCUACUGGGCACCUGCAGAUGAGCCCACCCGAGUUCACUUGCACCGGGCCUACAUUGAUUUCAAGACCUGGUGCGUGAGGAAGCGGAUCAACUGCAGCCAGCCGGCCUUCAAAGAGAAUCUUUUGUACCUCAAGACUGGGGAUAUUCGAUUGCUGUGCAAAGCCUACAAUGGGCGUUGCGUAGCACAGUGGCUUGCUGAGACUGUGGCAGCUGCAGCUCAGGAUGCCCAGUUCCAAGCAGCUGAUGCCACGAACACCAUAGCUGUGGUCGCUGUUACAAUGAUUUUUGGUGGCAAAUGUUAA